CCACACUGAGGAGGAGGGCUGUAAUCAACAUGUGGGUAAAGUACGAGAGCUGAUAGGCCACAUUCACUGCACACACACAUGCUGCUCAGAUAACCUGUCACACUAGUUUCAGCUCUCAGGAAGUGAAACUCAUACGCUCGCUGCUACUGAGAGGUGAAAUGGCGCAGAAAGGAGUUCAGCUGGAGCGGGAAACCUUAUCUUGUCCCAUCUGUCUGGAUCUACUGAAGGAUCCGGUGAGCACUUCCUGUGGACACAGCUACUGCAUGAAGUGUAUUAAAGGCUUCUGGGACGGAGAGGAUGGGAAGGAGAUCCACAGCUGCCCUCAGUGUAGGCAGAGCUUCACACCGAGGCCUGUCCUGCUGAAAAACACCAUGUUAGCAGCUUUAGUGGAGGAGCUGAAGAAGACUGGACUCCAAGCUGCUCCUGCUGAUCUCUGCUAUGCUGGAGCUGGAGAUGUGGCCUGUGAUGUCUGCACUGGGAGGAAGCUGAGAGCCUGUAAGUCCUGCCUCGUGUGUCUGGCCUCUUAUUGUGACAAACACCUCAAGCCUCAUUAUGACGCAGCUCCAUUAAAGAAACACAAUCUGGUUGGAGGAAUGGAGAAACGUCUCACCGACUGAAGUGGAUGUUUUACUGUCAGCAGCAGAGCCCACCACCAGAGCUGGGUUCUUAACAUAUUCACAGGAGAUCACUCUGGA